AUUUUUUAGUAAUGAAAAUGGCUCGGUUGACAACGUGUAAGAAAGUUAAAACCGGCUCUAUUUGUUGUAAUUUGUCUUCCGUUACUUCAAAAUGUUUUAUUUUGUUAAUGUUUUUGCUAAGUUUAUAUCCUUUAGUACAUAGCAAAGGAAAUCUUUUGGUAUUAGGUGAGGAUAACUGGAAAGAAAUGCUCUCAGGAGAAUGGAUGGUUGAAUUCUUUGCACCCUGGUGUCCUGCAUGUAAGGCCUUAGAACCUGUUUGGAAAGAAUUUUCUAGCUGGAGUGAUGACUUAGGAAUUAGUGUUGGUCAUGUAGAUGUUACCCUAAAUCCAGGAUUGAGUGGAAGAUUUAUGGUGACAGCUUUACCAACAAUCUAUCAUGUGAAGGACGGGCAGUUCCGACAGUACAGAGGAUCUCGAGAAAAAGAAGCUUUUAUAAGUUUUGUGGAGGAGAAGAAAUGGACCAGCAUUGAUCCCAUAUCUUGGUGGCAGUCUCCACAGUCUUUUAUAAUGUCCACUGUCUCCUACUUUUUCAAGCUUUCCAUGGCUCUUAGAAGUACACAUAACAUGAUUGUUGAAGAUUACGGAAUUCCUUAUUGGGGAUCAUAUAUUAUUUUUGCUCUUGGAACCAUUCUUCUAGGAGCCAUAUUGGGUCUGAUGAUUGUUUGUAUCAUUGAUCUCAUCUUUCCUCCAAAAGCUACUUCAUUCACAUCAUCUAAAAAAACAGAUCAAUCUGAUGAAAAUCAGGAAAAAAAAGUGGAGGAAGAAGACUUAAUAGAAGAUGACAAUACCAAAGAAAAUCAAGAACUCAGGAAGCGAAAUACAGAAAUAAAACAAGAUGGCUAGUGAAAUUAUUGCCUUAAAAAAUUAGGGGGGUCAAUGUUUUUUUGUAACACUAGAAAGUAACUAAUUAUGAUAGGCUUAAUAAGGCUUUUUCCUGCUCAAAAUGCCACAAAAUUCCACUUUUUGCACAUAACUUAAGUAACGAGGGCAUUUGAUAGCUAAAAAAAAUAAUAUAUUUCUAUUUGUUGCACAUUUCAGCUUUUCUGUUUGUUUUUUUACUUAGUAUUCAAAAAUUGUCAUUUGUGUAAGAUGCUCAACCUUCUGACUAAUAUUAUUACAAAAGCUAGAAUGCUGUAUACAUGUAUGUGUUGUUUGUUUUCACCUUGCUUUGUUUCCAGUUUUUUUACUAUGUGCAUAUAUAUAUAAAUAAAAAUGGGCCUGAAAAUUUGGUAGUCAAUAGACAAUGUAUUCAUUCCAACUUUAAGCUGAGUAUUUUAACAUGCAUGACAUAAAUAUGUACGUAUGGAAACAUAUGUUCAGUUUUGAUGGUGUAAAACAUUUCAGUAAGAAUAUUUAGAAUGUGAUAUGCAAUUUAAUGCAAACAAUUUUAAUCAACUAGGAGCUAACUACUAAUUGAUAUUUAAAACUAAAAAAUUAAUGUAACUAGCAUCUUAAGAACCUGAUUAUUUGAGUAAACUUAAAUAUGACUUAUUUGUGUUUAAUCUGUCAACUACACUAUUGAAAGAGUUUCAUUAUACUGAUGUCUUCACUGCAUAGUUUUAGAGACUAUAAUCUUUCAUAGUCUCGGUUAACUGAGUUUGUGUCUAAGUUUCAUUAUACUGAUGUCUUCACUGCAUAGUUUUAGAGACUAUAAUCUUUCAUAGUCUCAGUUAACUGAGUUUGUGUCUAAGUUUCAUUAUACUGAUGUCUUCACUGCAUAGUUUUAGAGACUAUAAUCUUUCAUAGUCUCAGUUAACUGAGUUUGUGUAUAAGUUGUUAAAUGUCUUUGUUUAGAGUUAAUGGAAAUAACUAUUAAAGUUGAUUAAUUGUGUCCAUUAAUUAAUGAAAUGGCCCUGAACUAUUCAAAAUAAGUCAUCUUUCUGAAUUAUUAAAAAAUUAUUCUAACGUGUUAACAUGGAAUUACAAAAAAUGUUGUUUUUGAGAUGUUUUUACAAUAAUUAUUCAGCAUAUACUGCUAGAAACAUAAAACAAAAACUGAGUGGAUUUUCAAUAUUAACUCUCACUGUCACAUUUAUAGAUAAACAACUCUGUCUUAAUAUUUCAAUUCUUGAAACUCGUUACCUUUGGUGAUACAAAAUCCUAAACUCCAGAGGGGGGAGUAUAUGUGUCCAUGGCAGUGAAAGAGUUAAGCUUGAUGUGCAUUAAUUUGCCAAACUUGUGAAAACAUUUUAAGCGUAAAGACAAACAAGAUGUUGUUCUUGUUAGAGUAUUUUAAUUUACUUUACAGUAUGUUGCUAUUCAUUCUGCAAUGUGAUCAAUACUGGAAUUCAGGUUACUCUUUUGUAUUUUGGUUACCAUACUGCCUGUGAAUCCAAGGUUGAAAGAAAGAAAUAUCAGAGGGUAAUGUUUUACUAAGGUAACAGAAUAAGCUAAUAACACAUUUGUUGAAAUCAGAGUAUUAUUACAAGCAUAAGCACAAAAUAUUAUGGUCUAGAUUGACUUAACAUGAAUCUUGAAAACCUAACAUAUAUAUGCUUUUAAUUGAAUACUAAUAAGUAUAAGCUUCAGAAGUUGUCCAAAGUUUUUGAUAGUGAUUGAAGUUUUUUCAUUAUUGUAAAGUAGAAUUUAUAUUUUUUUAUAUUCUUCAUAUUCUUGUUUAUUUUGCUUACCAUACUGCCUGUGAAUCUGAGUUUGAAAGAAAGAAAUAUCUAAAGGUAAUAGAAAGGAAACAUAAUAUGCUAAUAAUAUGUUUGAUGAAAUAAGAGUAUUAUUACAAGCAUAAUCACAAAAGAUUAGUCUGGCCUGGAGUGACUUAAUAUGAAUCUUGAAAACGUAAUAUGUGUAUGCUAUUAGUUAAUACUAAUAAAUAUUUGCUUCAGAAGUUGUCCAAAAUUUUCAAUAGUGAUUGAAUUUUUUUCUUAAUUGCAAAAUAUAAUUUAUAUUUUCUGUAUAUUAUUCAUAUGAUAUAUAAAUUAAACAAUGAAAAUUCAAAUUACAUAUCACAUGCUGUGUACCACUUGAGUGGUAUAUUUUUUCUAAAUGAAAUACUUGAAAGAUAUAAAGAGUAGAAGUUAUGAACACACAAUUAAAACCACUAAGAUCCUUUUUUUAGGUAUCUUGAAAAAACGACUUUGUUAUUAAACUAGAAAAUAUUUUUUUAGCUAAUCCUGUCAUACGUCUGUUAACAGAUCAUAGUAAGUAUUUGUUUGCUUUUGAGACAUAUUUUCAUUUAUUCGUGAAAGUAAAUCUGAAUUGGAAAAAAAAAACGUAUUGAUAUUUCUGUUUACACAUGGUUUAACUUACUAUACAAGAAAGUAACUAAUGUUGCUCUGCUGUUGGUAACUGUAUUUAACAAACUGAGACUUUCUUUAUUAAAAAUUACAAGUACAUCAUUGCACCAGAGAAAUAAUCUUUUUCAGGAAGUUAUCUUAUCCUAGAGUACACUUCAUUACUCAGCAAUAAUAACAUCAAUAUAAAGAAGUGUUUCCUUUAAAAACUGUACAGGUGUUUGAUAUGUGUAAUAGUGACUUAAUUGUUCUCUUUAAUACAUUUUCAAUGUAAAUUUCAGAGUUUCUUUAGCAACAUUGUUUCUCAUCCUUUUUCUCUUUUAAUUCUUACACAGAUGGUAAUCAGAAGUUUAUCUGAAUUGUUGGAUCUGUUAAAUGUUUUAGUUUUUUUAAAGCUACAUAAAAUAAGAUAGCACGAUAUACAAUGCUGUUAUGUAGGUUUUUAUGUGUUCAUUAACAAUUGCUUGAUGUUAAAUAUUGUUAGGAUUUUCACAAGACUUCUUGAACAAAUCACUUUUCAAUAUUCCAGGAAACUUAAAAAAAACACUUGAGGUCACUGGAUCUUCAUGUUAAACAGGACACAAAAAAUCUACAUGACAAUAUUUUUUUUUCAUAUAACCUUUUAUAACUGAAUUAUAAGUUUAGUCUAGUACCCAGUUUUAAACGAUUUGUGGUGAUGUUAACAUUUUUUGCUUAUCUUAUUAUAUUGCAUUCAUCUCUUGCAGUUUGUAUUGUUAUCCACUACCAUCUGUUUUAGUAAAAUUUGAAUAAGAGAGUUUGAUAUCAAACCACUGCAAUACUUAAAGCUAUCUCUAAAACAGUGCAGUAGCUGAAGAGAUUAAGCAGCCAAUAAGUACAGAGUUUCUGCAAACUAGCCUAAAAUUUCAUGAUAGUUUGCAAGUGAAACAAAACAAUAUGAAGUACAAAGAAUUUCUGAUGCAUGUUUUGGUGUUGUGCUUUUUCAUUCACUACUUUCCAGAGUCUUGUUAUUGCUAUUAUUCAGAGUCGCAUAACAAACCGAGUGUCAAAUAUUUGAAGUUAUUCGUACUCGUAAAGCAUGUUAAAACUGAUUUUCCAUAGGAGUUCAUUAUCCAGAAAGCUAUUGUACCUGAAUUGGAGUUUGGGACAUUUAAGUUUUUGACUGUGAAAAUAUGUUGGUAAGAACACUCAUUGUUCUGGACAGUAUAUGUUGCCAGCUGCUAAUGUGAGCAAUAAUGACUGUUGGUUUGGUGGUGGUUUACUUGAGACUGUAUUUGAUCUUGCUGAAACUGGUACUACAGAUUGUGUUAAAAUUUGAAGUCAUCACUUCUGCAUCAACAAAGUUUUUUUUAACUUCUAGACAUUUAAAUCCUUGCAAAAUGAGUUCCAUCAGCUGCAGUUUGUGGAUCUAUUAAGUUGGAUCAAUAUUUUGGUAAGGCUCUGACAACCUGUCUCCUAGAGUGUAUUAAGAACUGCUGAGUUCAAAUUUGUAACUUUUUGUGGUACUUAAAACUUGUUAUUUAGUUGAAUGGGAAAGUUUUAUACUUGAAACAUUGAUAGAAGUAUUGUUGUUUCUGUGGAACUUUAGACAGAGUAGACACUGUAGAUUUGAUAACUUUGAUGGACUGUAACUACCUGUUGAAUGAAAGGGGGAUGAUGUUUUGGGUACUAAUUGAGGCCUUUUUUUGAAUUAAUAAGAGAUAUGUGUUUCGAGAGAAGUUGCCUUUGCUCUUUUAACAAUAACCGAGACCAUAAUAUAUUACUAACGAGUGUUGGAAAUGUAUUUUUUCAGCAUUUUAGUUUUUAAGAUGCACCAAUAAAAGGAGUGUUAGCCUAUUCUUAUUAGUAAGCUAUUCUUCCUUCUAGACAUCUGUGUUAGCCUAUUCUUAUUAGUAAGCUAUUCUUCCUUCUAGAGAUCUGUCGCAGCUUUGAUGUUUGAAACAAACAACAGAAAAGUUAUUUCAAUUCACUUGUAAUGUUGCUUCAAAAUAACAGUAAUUCUUUACACAGCAAGCAAGUCCUAACUGAUCAUUUAUGGUCAUGAAGUUUAAUCAGUUUUCCAAAUAAUUAUUCUGUAGGUAUUUUUGGAAGUAGGUGGAGAAACAGGAUGUUUGAAAAUUGAUCACACCUAGUGGAGUGUGUUUUUUGCUACUACUGUUUAACAUCAACCUUUCUUCAAUAAUCAAGAUUAUUUGUUACAUCUAAACUAGUAUCACUAUUUUUAAAAUAAUACAAAAAUGCGUUUGUCACGAGAUUUCGUUUCUCUUCAAUAUUAUAUUUGUAUUGCAUUGCGGGGCAUAUUGAAGUGUUAUGGAAUACAAUAAAGUUUUUAAGGGAUUUUCUUUUUGUGCAAUUAAAAGAUAUUUAAACACAUGGGAUAUUUUGUGCCAAAAUGUAUUUUCAGAGAAAGCGUUGUUUGUUUUGAACGUUAAAAUUGGGUUUUAUGUGCAAAGCAGAAACAUUGAUGUAGGCUUUUGGUAUGAAAAGACUUGUAAGUCUGCCAAUUAGGCUUAACUCAUGGUGCAAGGGCUUAUUAUUUUAACUACUGAUUUUUAUAAUCUGAUUGUCCAGCAAUUUUUCAGUAUUACCUAAGCAUUUGAUGGUAUUAUUGAAGAAUAUAUGAUAACAAAAAUGCAUGAUGAAUGGCAUAAUACCUGUCAAUUGCCAGUGCUGCUGAUGAAGUUAACGGGCAAGUUUUUGUGUUACCAUAACUAGUAUGCUAUGUUUGUUGGAAUGUAAAUUCUUAUCACAAAUAAAAACACUGAGUUA